GCCGACCAAGUUGAGAGUCACAGAUGAGUUCACGUAACAAGUGCUUGACACAACCAACAUACACAUGAAAUAUGGCGAGUUCGUCAAGAAAUGACACAAACAAGGUAUGCUGCUAUGCUCAUCCAGACGCCCCGCUCAUUGAGGAUUAUCGUGCAGGGGACCAGAUUUGUUCCGAAUGUGGGCUGGUUGUGGGAGACAGAGUUAUAGAUGUUGGUUCCGAGUGGCGGACAUUCAGCAACGAAAAAGCUGGGGUUGAUCCCUCUCGAGUUGGUGGACCUGAAAAUCCACUUCUCAAUGGCUCAGACUUGUCCACAAUGAUUGGUCCAGGAACUGGAGCUGCUUCGUUCGAUGCUUUUGGGGCUUCAAAGUACCAGAAUCGUCGCACGAUGAGCAGCUCCGACAGGACUCUGAUAAAUGCUUUUCGUGAAAUAAACGGCAUGGCGGACCGCAUCAAUCUUCCUAAAACCAUUGUCGAUAGGGCAAAUAACCUUUUCAAACAGGUGCAUGAUGGGAAAAAUCUGAAAGGCAGAUCAAAUGACGCAAUCGCAUCAGCCUGUCUCUACAUUGCAUGUCGACAAGAGGGGGUACCGAGAACGUUUAAGGAGAUUUGUGCUGUGAGCAAGAUCAGCAAGAAAGAAAUCGGCAGGUGUUUCAAACUGAUUCUUAAGGCGCUUGAAACGAGUGUCGAUCUCAUAACAACUGGCGACUUCAUGUCAAGAUUUUGCUCUAACUUGGGACUACCCAACAUGGUGCAGAGGGCCGCUACUCACAUAGCUAGAAAAGCAGUUGAAAUUGAUAUCGUGCCUGGAAGAUCUCCUAUAUCCGUGGCUGCUGCAGCUAUUUACAUGGCAUCACAGGCAUCCGAAGACAAAAAAUCGCAGAAAGAGAUUGGCGACAUUGCUGGUGUUGCUGAUGUCACGAUCAGGCAAUCUUAUAAGCUGAUGUACCAGCAUGCAGCUAAGCUUUUCCCUGAGGACUUUAAAUUUGCAACACCCAUCGAUCAACUGCCUCAAAUGUAAAUUAGUUUCUUCCUAUGCUGGCGUUGUUGAGCGUUCUUCGUUAUUUUUUUUCCGUUUGCUUCUCUAUUAGUUCACCAGCUGUUUAGAUUGGUUCAUUUGGACGUUCAUCAACGAAUUAUUCAAUCAUUGAUUACGAUUUGCAUUCCCAUGAUGGCGCACAACGUGACGAUUAUCGAUAUAUAUUAAAUAUAUAUUACAUAUUUUUCUGCUCGCAUCACUACUAAUACAGACGAAAAGGUUUUAACAUACAAAGUUUUUCUUAGAAUUAUAAUUAUUUCCAUGAAGCGAUGAUAGAUCUUUUGGCAUUCUUGGAAUUAAGAGUGCUGUACACAGGAUUCGAAAAGCACAACACGGCAACACGUUCAAAUUGAUGUAGUUUAAAGUGUGGAAUUUAGACAAUAAUGGGUAGAUUGCAGUAUUUUUAUUCUAUAUUAGUUUUUUUUAUUCUAUUUUCUUUCUUCUUAAUGGACGGUUUUAUUGCAACAUAAUGUUGAAGUGAUUCGAAUAGUAAUUGUAUGCAGUUCAUAAUCGUUUGGGAAACAUUUUGAAUAUUUCGUUACCUGUAAUUAUUUCGAAGGUAAAUCGAUUCUCAGUCACCGUAUGUAACAAAUAUUUGGUAGAAUAUUAAUUAUUACACUUUGGAAAUUUCCUAAUCUAUCCAGUAACCUACAACGAGAAUAUUAGACUGUAUAAAUUAUUAUAUGUUUUCAAACUUCCUAUUGCAUCAUUAGUAACAAAAGAAACGUUACAACUCGUUACAAAUCGUUUUAACAAUAAUUUCGUUAUUAAUGAUUGCCAAAAAAGUGAAA